AUGCCGUCGCCAAUCCGCCGAUCUGCUCGAGGGCAGCUGGGUCCAGCCUCCAGUACCACUUCCUCCCUCUCGUCGCGACAGGACCGCGGCACGCGUAUCAACCAGACCCAGAAGUCAGCGACACCCAGAUCUUUAUCCAGCGAAGACCUCAGCGAACCUCCCGUGGCGCGUCGUAGUCAGCGCCAACCGGCCACCAAGGAAGAGGGGUCGGCCAAAGACACCGAAGCUAUCGAAGACAACGACGAAGAGGCAAUUGAAGAGGAAGAGAUUACACGAUGCAUAUGCGCACAGCAAGAAUACCCAGGACCGCCUCUGAGCGAAGCAUUCGCCGACAUUCCCAACGCGCAGGCCGACGAGAUCGGCGGGCUCUUCAUUCUGUGCGAUGGUUGUAGCGUCUGGCAACAUGGCGGCUGUGUUGGCAUAAUCGAAGAAAGCCAGACUCCCGACAAGUACUUUUGUGAGGAGUGCCGACCGAAGCAGCAUGCUGUGUCGCGAGACAGUCGAGGGCAGAAAUACUCACUCUACAUACCACAGCAUCCGAAAGCGCAACGAAGAGGCUCCACAAGCAAGACGGACGACAAGACGAAGAAAGAGCGUCAGAGCGCAGAUCCUCGUGGCAGCGUCGAUCCUUCCACUGGCAAGCGACGAGGUACUAUCAGGAGCAAGGAACUGGAUGAUGAAGAGGAACAGCUGCGUCAAGCAAUUGAGGAAAGCAAGCGUGAAGGUGGCACAGGAACGGGCAGACGCAAUGGCAAACGUGCCCGUGAUGACAGCAGUGAGGACAGCAAGCAAGAGAGCAAGCGGCAACGAAGAGCUUCAGAGUUAGUGCCUUCAAUGCCGCACGUGGCAUCGAUCGAAGACGACUCGGACGAUCCCGAGUCAACGUCACUCAGCAGGGUGAAGAAAGCUAAAGCCGAUGCGGCUCAGUCGGCGCGUCAACUUCAACAGCAAGAGAAGGAGAAGGAGCGCGAGAAGUCUAGGAACGAGGCGGCCAGCCGAAGACAAGACCGCGCAAGAAGUCGCCGAGGUGAGGAAGCGGAUGGUAACGAGGAGACAACACCCAAGCCCACAUCGAGCGGCAAGGUCUCUCCGCCAGCGCCUUCGUCGCAGCCUCCGACGCCGCCUCCUGCCGAGAAAGCGCCCGUCAAGAAAGGCCCGGGCAAGAAGCCUGGAAAAAAGCUUGGGAACAAUCAGUACACCAAGCGUAACCUCGAGCAGGCGACAUCUUCGCCCUACGGAAGAAAGCGGCAAUUACAAGGUCAGCAAACGCAAGGCAGCGGUGACGAGGGGUCAGAGAUCAUCGUCAACGGCGGCACAAACGGUACUGGCGACAAACAGAGUCCAGGAAUAGCUGGCACGAGCGAGAAUACCAAUGGCAAAGGCAAAUUUGGCCGAGGAAGGAAGGCCAUGGGCAACGGUAAUGGUGCUAAAGGUUCGGCGCCGGAAGAAGUGGAAAGGACGUUCACGAACAUGCACCUCGUGCUGCAGAAUAUCAGCACGUACGUCACGAAACAGCAGGAUGAGACAACUGUUGCCGCUGAGAAGAGUACGUUGGCUAUCGAAGCUGGGUCUCCGAGUGGUGCUGGGGCGAUGCAAGCGCUAAGUACAGCCUCGGUGAGCUCGCUGGCUGAUCGAAACUUUCACGAGCUGAGCUCAAAUGAGAUGGCUGUGCAGCUUCAGUCGAAUAUCAAGGAGUGGCAGAGACAGUGGGGACACCUGGCGAGUGCAUAG